AUGUUCUCGGAAUAUGCCUCACGCUUCCUCGCCCAGUCACAGUCGCGAGUAGCAUCUCGCCCGGACGAACUGCAAAGAACUGGUCGUGCCCACCCCAACCAGCGCCAGGGCAGUUCACGAAACCCACCCUCACGUUCUUACCUUAGAACUGGGGAUCCCUACCGGCCUGGCGCCUCCCAAAUAUCCAACUUCCCGUUCGCCUCCCGGGCGUCAGCCCAACAAGCUCCUCUGUUCUUCAGUGCCACCGAUGAAUUCCGGGAAGAAGACGAUGAAACGGAGCGUGAGCGUGAGAUUGCCGAUUUCUAUGCAUUGCAACGAUCACGGCGACAUUUUGGAGACAGUCACUUGAAAGACUCUUCUGAACUCGAUGACGAUUCAGAACGGUCGGUAGGAUUUGAUGAGGGUCAUUCGCCAUACGAUGACGAUCGCCCCGGCAAUGGGAAGGGAAUCAAGAGCUCAUGGCGAGGAGAGAAGGGUAUCCCGGCUCCUCAUCAAUCUCGGAUCGAGGCUGUGGAAGAAGUGACGGAGCCCGUGCCCGGGCCUAGUUCCAGCCCAGACAAUGCUAAAGCUCGAGAGAAUUUGGUUGACAUAGGCUUGGAGGACUCCAUUCGAGACAACCUGGACGAUGAUGACCGUGUCCCCUCAGAGAUCCUGGGUGAUGAACCGCCUAUUCAACGUUUCCGAGAAAGACCGGUAACCAAGGGAGAUCACUUUGGGCUUAACCGAUUUGAAGCUUCUGCGGAACAUACCAAACCAUUACCCUCGAAUGGCCCGCGACCGCCGAGCUCGGCAGGUUCAUUUCCGACGUCCAUCUCCCCGCUCGCAUCGGAAUUCUCGGUGCAUGAUGCUUUUUGGGGUCAGUUAUUUUUGAUUUCCCUUGCCGGAUUAUUUGCCACGGCAAUUCUUGUCUAUCUACACACGUCCACUCCAGCCGGGGACCAGCGGAAGUGGGGCGAUACCAUUUACUUCACUGUCCACCGCUCUUUCUUUCUUCUUGGAAUCUAUACCCUUAUCUCGAUUUUUGUGUCGCUUGUUUGGCUUGCUUUACUGCGAUCCUACGUUCGACUUCUAGUCUACGUAAUCAUUGUCGCUGUUCCCGUCAUUCUAUACACUUUCUCCUUAUAUCCAUUCAUCUCGAGCUUCAAGGGCGAAUGGCAUGGAUCUAGCUUUCAAGACAAGGCCAUGCGCUGGGGCUCGCUUGUCCCAUUCCUGAUGGCGAGCCUCUGGAUUUACAACGUUGCGCGGGGCCGUCAGUCCAUCGGCAAAGCGAUUGGUGUCCUUGAAUUCUCCUGUCGGAUUCUGGCUGCGAACCCGGAGCUUCUUGCCUUGGGGCUGGGUGUGCUAGCUUGUGUCGUCUCAUGGACCUGGAUAUGGAUGCUCAUGUUUACACGCGUGUUCUUGGGCGGCCACCUGGCCGAAUCAAGGUCCUUCAUCAUCGACCUAAGUAGCUGGUGGCUGGGCGUCUGUUUUGUGAUCAUUUACUUGUGGUCGAUUGGGGUGAUAGCUGGUAUCCAGCGUGCCGUUACAGCUGCCACCGUCAGUCAAUGGUAUUUCCACAGACUGGCAAGUCCAGCACCCACCUCAAGACAAAUCGUUCAUGCUGCCAUCGUUCAUGCUACCACGACCCUGUUCGGUACGAUUUGUCUGUCUCGGCUCCUCAGUCUCUUGAUUCGGCUGCCUCUGCUCUUGCUCCCUAGCCGCAUAUCUUCGUUGCUGAGCCUAUUUGCCUACUCAUUAAUUCCAAGUCCCAUCGCCUUUCUCACUAACCCCCUUGCCCUCACCUAUGGUGCCAUUCAUUCACAGCCACUGGCCGCUUCCGCACGCGGACUGAGUCAGAUGACGGUCCUCGCUCCGUCGGCCGCUUCAUCGUCACUUCAUCCCCGCGCCUAUUCUCGCUCCCCGGGGGCUUCAGCUUCACUACUCUCCUACCGGCUCUCUAAAAUGAUCCUCCACGCUGCACGCUUCAUGAUGUCAUUGGCGUUGGGGUUUGGUGGCUGGGUUACCACUGCCCGUAGCCUCACCACUGUCGCUACCGGCAAUACGAUUCGGGGUAGUUUAUAUGCCUAUGUUGUUGGUCUUAUUGCGGGCAUGAUUGGCUGGAGCAUCCUUGGUGCUAUGGAAAGUGUCAUCGCGGACAUUGUGGAUGCGUCAGUGAUCUGCUGGGCGAGUGAAAUCGGGAUUCAUGGCCGUGAGGCCCGGUAUUGCCGUGAAGCUGGAUGGCUCUUUGGCGACUCGAAUUCCGAUUUCCAGUCUGACUAUCGAGAAGUAUGA